UGUUGCACCUUGCAGAGUCCCCCCCCCCCGCCUCGGAAGAAGAGGGCCUGCAAUGAAAGCAGGGCAAGAAAAGGCGGCGGUGGCGAUGCACGCCGGCGGCCCGGCCGGGAUGCGGGUGGGAAGCCGGCGCUUGGCGUAACUCCUCCCCGCCGCGCGGCGUGAGGCUGCGCUGGCUCCGGCUGCUCCCUGAACCGCGGCCGCCCCGCUCCCGGCCACCAUUGCUUCCUGCCGAGCCGGAGGGGCCGCGGCUCCCGCCGAGGGGGCCGAGCGCCGGGGAGCGAUGACGGAGGUGACGAGGGAAGCGUUCGGGCACCUGCCCCAGGAGGGAGGAGGAGGAACGGUGGAGAAGUUUGUGUUAAAGUCCGACAGCGUGAAAGCGGAGGUCCUGUCCUUGGGGUGCAUCGUCACUGCGUUGCAGACGAAAGGCAGGGACGGGGCGUCUGCAGACAUCGUCCUGGGCUUCGACAGCUUGGAAGGUUACACCAAGAAGCACCCCUACUUUGGGGCCGUCGUGGGCCGAGUUGCCAACAGGAUUGCAAAGGGGAGGUUCACCCUGGACGGGCAGGAGUAUCAACUGGCCCUCAACAACGGACCCAACAGCCUGCAUGGAGGAGCCAGGGGGUUUGACAAGGUUCUCUGGAGCCCUGAAGUUGUGCCAAAUGGUGUCCGUUUCUUCCGACUCAGCCCAGAUGGUGAAGAAGGCUACCCUGGCGACCUGAAAGUCUGGGUCACCUAUACGCUCUGUGGUGGGGAGCUGGCCAUCAACUAUCGAGCCCAGACCAGCAAGACAACACCCAUCAACUUAACAAAUCAUGCAUACUUCAACCUAGCUGGGCAGGGCUCACAGGACAUCUACGACCACGAGAUUUCCAUUGAAGCUGAUUCUUACCUGCCUGUGGAUGACACCAAGAUCCCUACUGGGGAGGUGGCGGCCGUGCGGGGCACCGGCUUCGACCUGCGGGCGCCUGCGGAGCUGGGGGAGCACCUGCAGCGCUUUCACCUCGACGGCUUCGACCACAACUUCUGCCUGAGGCCCGGCUCGGCUCGGCGCCUCGCGGCCAGGGCUCGGCACCCUCCCACCGGCAGGACCCUGGAGGUGCACACCACCCAGCCCGGCCUCCAGUUUUACACCGGCAACAACCUGGACGGCUCCCUGAGGGGCAAAGGCUCCGCCGCGUACCCCAAGCACUCGGCCUUCUGCCUGGAAACCCAGGGCUGGCCCGACGCCGUCAACAAGCCCCACUUCCCCGACACCCUGCUGCGCCCGGGAGAGGAGUACAACCACACCACCUGGCUCGUCUUCUCCGCUGCCUGAGGCCUGGCGGCUCCCGCCGCCGCAAGGAUUACGCUGGAAUUUCAUGGAUAUCGCCAGAAUAUUGAUCAUCACACCUAGCAAACGAAACACUAGUGCCCAUCGCUAUGCACCAACGGAGCGUCCGACGGACACCGAGCACGGCAACAGUUAGGAUAGUCACAAAGGCCAAAAGCUUUGGCUGCUUCACUUAAAACAGUGCUGCGCUAUGAGACACUUUCAGAACCUGGACUACUGGCUUGUACAUCGAGAAAGCUCCAUAAAGUCAUCUUUGGACAGAAGGCCCGUUUUCUGAAAGUCACGGGGUACCCAAGGUGUGACUGAAGUUAAUUUUGUGAUUUUUGCUUUUUGCUUGUUAAGCAAACUCUGUUACAGUUUAUGCAUUUGAAGCAAUCUACCAUUACCUGUUUCACUGGAAGACCAAAUAGCCCUCACUUUCCCGGUCAGUGCUUGUAUAGACAGGCUCGUAAGCUUGCUUUUAACACUGAAACUCACGUCUGUUUCUGUUAGAGAGCUCAUCAUAGUUUAAGAAAAAGGUUGUUUUUCCCUCCAACUACCAAUUUCUUUGCUGACAGUCUAACCUUGUUUCCAGUCUUUUGGUGUGAUCAGUGUCAACAAAGUGCCUUAUCAUGCAAUUUUUGACGAUGGAAUAAGCAGAGUUUGACACACGUGUAUACAAAUCAUUAAGCCUUCAGCUAUGGAUUUGUUGUACGAAACUGGCUUCAUCAACGAAUUUGACUCCAGGAUCUGGGCUGCUAUAAAAUUGUACCAUUUUCAGUGCACCAGGUUAGAAUUGCUGAGGCUGGCAAGCAAAAAUCUUUCACUUUUAAAAGGAAAGGUAGAGUGCACUGCAGGAAGACCAAUAACACAUGUUCAGAAGUUCCUUCAGAAAGUCUUGUUUUGUUUGGUCUUCCCUCAAAAAAAAGGAAAACAUAUCUUGAGACAUUUUAGGAUUUUUUUUUUAACCUCAGACUGAAUAACUAAAAAAAAAAUGCAAGAAAAGAAAGUAGCAAUCAUUGAGUUGUUAAUGAUUUGUAUUCUGUUUAGAUAUUUCUGCGGAUGUUAUUUGUUUUAAAUAUGCCAGUGUUCUGAAAAAAAAGCUCAUUCUUACAUUUUUGGACAUUUGUUAUCACACUAGUCCAACCACCAAAAGCAAGCAUUGCAGAAUAAAAAAUAAAACCAUCAGGGAGAAAAAAAAUGAAUGCCCUUUAAAGAUCACAGAGGAAUAAAAAGGGCAUAUGCAAAUUUUUAACCAUCCGCAAACAAAGAAAACGAAUUUCAAAUUCAAUUUCAAAGAAAGCAGAAACCGAUCCUAUCACAAAAGACCAUUCGACAAUAAAUGUGAAAAGUGACUAGCCUGAGAGACGCUAGUCAUUGCUAUUUUAGACAUAUUUCAUCCACGUUACAUGGCACACAGUGAAAGCUACCCGAAUGUUAACAGAAGCAGCAGGGUUACUACAGAGAAGUUUUAGUUAAAAAUACACAUUUUAUUUCAAUGUGCCAAUAAAAAAGUCCCACAUUUUCAUAUCACAGGAAGUUAAUUCAUACAAUAAAAACAGGCCUGUGCUGGUCUAUCGGUGUGACUAACUCAGAAGACCCAGAUCAUGCCAAAUUUUCGUUGAUAUACUCUUCUAUCUACAUUCUUACAUUUACAAAGACACCACAAAAUCCCUUAUUAUAAUGUAAGCAAAAUAACUUUCUUCCCAAAAGAUUAAGUUCAUAACUUUAAUCCAUUCUUUCAGGACUUGCACUUCUUUGAGGGCUUCCUGAUGGUGAACGACUGAAAGGAAAAAAAAAUCACAGUUAAAACUGCAAUAAUGAUAUAUAAUUCACAAAUCCAGGAAAAAGGCAAGAGAAAAAUACCUUGGCUACUCCAGCACCCUUCAAGCACUGAUCAUCAAUUAAAAAAAACCAAUCACUACUUACAAAAUUAAUGGGCUGAUUAUUUCCAUGUUAAUGAUUUACUACAGAAAAAAAUAAUGAAAAUAUCUAUUUGUAACAAUCCCAGUAAGAAGCAACUUCUUCAUAAUUAGCCACAUUAAACAAAGUCUGCCUCUAAACUCCUAAUGUAGACUUCCAAAUUUUUGCAUUUUUCUACUGUGCCUUCUGUAAUACCAUUUAAACAUGAUCAUAUGUAAAGUAA